GUGCUUGCUGGAAGUAGAGUUCAAUGUUCAGUCUAUCGACAGUCGUGGUUGGUUUCGAGUGCGGAUUUUAACCGAUUUUUACCCGUUUGCAUCAUGGGCGUUAAAGUCAAGGAAGUGACCCCGGCGCAGAUUGAGGAACUGCGCGAAAAGUUCAACAGCAAAUAUGCCACAACACCGCCAGCAGCUCCUUUCCAUCCGGUUGACAUUGAUCGCAUACGCAAUGAUCAUGUCUGGCUGCAGCGAUUCCUGGAAAUGUAUGAUUUGGAUAUGGAGGCGUCCAUGAACAAGCUAUGGGAAACCUGCACCUGGCGAGAGUCGUACGGGGCAAAUGAUCUGGACGAGAGUAAAUUGAACCAAGAAUAUCUGAAGGAGGGCUCCGUGUUUAUCCACAGCAGCGAUGUGGAUGGAAAGCCGUUGUUGGUUUUCCGCGUCAGGUUGCACAGUAAAUCCAAGAGUCUGGACGAACUAAUUCGCAUUGUGAUCUACUGGGUGGAGAGGACCCAGUGGGAGAAGCACAUGACACAGGUGACCAUAUUCUUCGACAUGGCGGGCACGGGCCUGGCCACCCUGGAUCUAGACUUUGUGAAGCGCAUUGUGGAGACCUUUAAGAUGUACUACCCCAAUGCCCUUAACUAUAUAUUGGUGUUUGAGCUGGCCUGGGUGCUGAACGCUGCCUUUAAGGUUAUCAAGGCCUUGCUGCCGCCCAAAGCGGUUGAGAUUCUGAAAAUGAUAUCGAAAAAGGACAUCGGCCAGUACAUUUCCAAGGACAACUGCCUGGCCAGCUGGGGUGGCAGUGACAACUAUGAGUUCAGCUUUGUGGCCGAAACGAAGCAGGUGGUGGCAUCCAAGCCGGUCGCCAGCUCCGACGACGACCAGCUCGGCCUGGGUGGGGACAAGAAGGUACACUUUGCCAAAAUCGCUCCCAUGGUGCUGAAGGAGUCCAACAUCGGAGACAUGCACACCCCAACAGAGGGCAUGUUGCAACUAGAGCAGAAGGAAUUUGUCAACUUCAAUCAGAAAAAUGCGGAGGCCACGGUGAACUUCAAGUGCAUCUCCCAGAAGCCAGUGACCUAUAAGAUACAAACCACAUCGCCAGAAAAGUUCCGAGUGCGUCCACGAUGCGGCAUCAUAUCGCCCAACGAGAAGGCCGAAAUAAGCAUCUGGCUAAAGUCGGAAUACAAACUGAGCGAAGAUAGCAAAGACAAAUUCCUGGUGAUGGCCAUGAUAGUCCCUGGAACGUGCGGUGGAGCAGAUGUGGCAGAGCUGUGGCGGAACAAAUGCACAGGUGGCCCGGAAAUAGAACAGCAUCGUCUGGUCUGUCGCUUUGAGAAUUCAGCAUCCAAAUGCGCAGGCAAGGCGAGCACAGCAACUUUGGACUGUGCAAAGGGUGGAAAACCGGACUUACAGGACCAGGUCAAGGCACUGUCCAGGCGCGUUAAGGUUGGAAAUUUCGUCCAGUAUUUAACGUUGCUUCUGGUACUGUUGCUGUACGCUGCUGUCGGAUUUUUGUUUUUUGAACAUUACUAUCCAGUUGGUCCCGGCAGCUGCGGCAAGCAAUCUGGCGCUUUUUGCCCCAAUAAGCGCAAAUAAUAUUUACUGCUCCCUUGUAAUCUGACCAAGCAGGAUGGGAAGAAGGUGGCUGAUGCCACUGCCAAGCACAAAAGCAAUUAUAACCACGACUGCUAUCAACUAGAAAACUACGCAUGUGCUUUUGAUUUGAUGGACCUGGGACUGGACUACAGCGAAGCCGAUUACGUAGACUGUUUAGAGGCCCUUAUCCACGCACAGCUGCAAUUGAAGCGCAGCUGCAAUGGAGGACAUCAACUGAGUGGCGGUGUAGCUGGCGGCGGCCAUCUGCUUGGUCUUAUUGCAUUCGCACGCAAAUUUAUGCGCUUCAUCCUCUCGUUAUCCCUGCUAUGCGGCAUACUGUUCGUCAGCUUCCACCUGGGCAGCACCGACGACGAAAAUCAGGCCGAAACCACAUCCCUAGCUACACUUGACUCAGGAGCCGCCGCCGAGGGCAAUCACCGACAGCCGUGUUAUUUUUAGUCAAGCCAAAAUCACCAUUAAUAUAUCGACAAUGUACUAUAUGCUUACGCGUACAAAAUUCCAGUUAUAUGAUAUUCAAACAUGAGUAAAAAUGGUUAGGCCUAGUUUGCCUCUUAAAUUUCAUAGCUCCCAAAUUACCAUCAGCAAUCUCGCUCCCCGCUUGAGCCAAGAAUUUAUAGUUUUUAGGAUGUGUCUUGUGUAAAUUAUAAACGUGAAAACCUUAAGGAGUAAAACAGUUAA